AGUCUUUCCAGUCACGUCUCAUUUUUGUUCUUUGCCAUGCACGUAUCUCUUAUUCGCCGCCAGCUCGGUGGGAUCAUACCCCCCAAGAUUGCGACUCCUUCGCACCUGACUUCGGGUUCUGGUGCAAACCUUACUCCCCUUGUGAAUUUUUACUCCAAGUUGCCAAAAGGCCCAGCACCCAGCACCGUCGGGGGAAUCAAGGCGAGAUACUUUAAUGGCAAGAAUGCGUCUGGCGCACCCUUAGUGUGGACUAUUUUGGGUAUCUUCGGUCUUGGGUAUACAGUUGACUACCAGAUGCACUUGAAGCACCACAAGAACCACGCGCACUAGUUGCAAGGGCUGGACUGGAGUUUAGAUUUUUGGAGGUCGCUGCGGAUGAAUCAUGUACAAAGAUUACAUUCAAAAUAUCACACUACAGUGGUAGCUUAUACCGCGUAUUCAAUUGCGAGAACCUCCGAAUGCGAGUUGACAGUGCAGAUUUCU